GUGAACACGGAGAACCAGCUGAACAGGACCACCCAGGGCACAGUCACAGCAGGUGAAAGAGCUGGUCAAGAAGGAACCUUGAGAGGCAGUGUGAAGAAUGGGGAGAAAAAAGAUCCAAAUAUCUAGAAUAAUGGACCAAAGAAACCGUCAGGUCACAUUCACCAAGCGCAAGUUUGGCCUCAUGAAGAAGGCAUAUGAGCUGAGUGUGCUUUGUGACUGUGAGAUUGCGCUCAUCAUAUUCAACAGCACAAACCGGCUCUUCCAGUACGCCAGCACGGACAUGGACAAAGUGCUGCUCAAGUAUACCGAAUACAGUGAGCCUCAUGAGAGCCGCACCAACACUGACAUCCUUGAGACUCUAAGAAGAAAAGGCCUGGGGCUGGAUAGCCCAGAUAUAGACCCUGAAGACACAGUUACCAUGACAACAGAAAAGUACCGUGAGAUGAACGAGGGCAUUGACCUGUCCCUGUCCCGCCAGCGAUACUAUGGUCCCCCUCUGCUGCUCCCUGAAGCUCAGUACCUGGUGUCUGGUGCUUGUGAGAAUGGAUUCCCAAACAGCAACAUGGGGGGCAGUCUUCACAGCUCACAUCGACCAGCUCCAUUUAAGCCUGUGCCCCCCAAAGUGGCACACCAUGGUGGAAACAGCCCACAGGCCCCAAAUGCAGGUGUCGGUUACUCCAUGUUCUCCCAUGCCAACCUGAACCGGGUUCUGGAUAUGAAGACUUCGUCACAUGCGAGUCUCGGGGCAGACAGCAGAAGAGCGGAGGUUCAUGCAGCCCUGGCCGGCACCAGAGCUAACCUGGGGGCUGUGAGGGCACUUUACCCAGGGAUGCACCCAGGAAGUCAAGGUAUGACAAUGACCAAGGCCGGACUCUCUGGGCACGGCCUGGGAGGAUACACCCUGGCAGCUGCCGGACCUCCUGAGUACCCACAUUCUGGCUUUGCCCAGUCUGUGACUCUUCAGCGUAAUGCUGUCAGCCCCUGGCAGCAGAUGCACCCACAGGACGUCCCAUCGCUGGCCAAUGGAAGUCAUGGAAUUUUGGGUGGCAACAGCAGUGGCAGUUCCUUUCCUGGACAGAACCUGGAGCCCACUUCAUCAUCCUCCCCUCAUCCUGCUGCCAUGAAUACCAACAUCAAGUCCGAGCGCCUCUCACCUGUCAGCUCCUGCUCUCCAACCACGACCACCCAGCGCCUCACCAGUCGGCCCUCCCCAGCUGGCACCUCAGACCAUACGUCGACUGGUGAGCCUUAUCCAGCCCGUGAGAGAGAGGACUUCCAGAAAGGUGGUUUUUCGUGCCCAUUAGUCCUUGCCCCCAGGCCAGUCUCAGAAGACAAGGGUGGUUUGCGGCGAAUAGAAACCACUGAGAGUUGGCACAGAUAACUGGUCCUUGGCACGCAUCCUGGCUCACAAUUCACUUCUUCUUUUGGUCUCCCUGCUCUCCAGAAUAUUUGCUUACAAAAAGAACAAGAACUUGUGUGCCAAGCUAGUUUACCAGCAGUUAUGCAUAUCUAGCUGGCAUGUUGGUAGGUCUGAGUCUGAGGAAAGGGGGUCACUAAUACAAAAGUCCUGAAAUACAGUUUGGAAAUCCAAUGCACAGUAAACCACAAAAAGCAUCCUGUGCCAAUGCAGCACUUGAAUACUUGUGCCCUUGUGCCUGUCAUCUCUAGUGGAUGUGGUACUUGGAAGCCAUUCUUCUUCUUCUUCUUUCAAAUUGCCUUUCCUUAAGAGACUAACAACCACAUUGGCAUAGAAGUGUCGGUUUAAACCUCUCCACCCUCCCGACUCUUCUGCCACCGGUGUUCAGUUCUGCAGUGGCAUUAAUAUCUUCCUCUAAUCAAACCUCAUGCCUCAACUGGCACAGAGACUUGCAUUGGAACUGGCUUCACUCCUUGACUGGCGCCUUAACCCAGUGAGUAGAAUGGAAACCUACCAACUGCCUAUGGGUGGACAUUAAGGGGCACUGAAGGCAACCCAAAACCAACCCUCCAACUGGGACCUGGUCUUCAAGGGCAUGUAGGCUUGUCCAUGGUAGUACUCCAGUCAUCAAUUACCACUAACACUUUGGUUCCCUCAGAUCUGAACAACAUAGUGGGAUUCUUUAAAUGGCACCUCAACCUGGCACCACCUGAACCUUAACCCACGAGGAUCACACCGUCUUGGCCAGCAGCCACUUUGCUUGGCACAAAAGGCUCCUCCCUCUAUUGAUGUUUUAUGUCAUUGAGCCUGGUUAUAAGUCAGGUGGGCACAGUGAAAAGCUUAGGUGACAGAGCCCAAACAGCCCAUCCCUCUAAUUUUUGUCCUGAUUAUUAUCAUUAUUAUUUCUUAUUUAUAUUAUUAUUAUUAUUACAGACUGUAUUCCUAUCCCAGUUGACCUAAAGAACAAAGGCAAAUGUGAAGGAACAGGAUGGUCACCAGCCAUAGUCACCAUGGUGUAAUUUAUUCUUCUUCUUUUUUUCAUUUCAUGCCUGACUUCUUUGCCUACUAGACUGUGCUGUGCCCUCACAUCAGACCUCCAUUCAUGCUGAUAAGGUGGCACUGAAACCUGUCAACAUUCACUUGUCGAUGUACCAGAAUCACAAGUUCACAUGACUGUUAUGGUGUCAUGGUCUCAGAUUACAAUUUUUUUUGGUGCCAGGGUCUUAUUUUUAUAUGUUAAUAUGGUGCCCUGCUCUCAGGUCACCUCUACCAGGAACUGAGGUUGGCGGUCCCCUGUUUUCAGGUUAACUUAAUGUUGUAGAAGGAUAGAAUCACACUUUUACCUACUGUUGUGGUGCCAGCGUCUUCAACUUACCUAUUAUUGUAACUUCAUUCACUGGUGCGGUGACAGAACUACAAGUUCACUGACUAUUUUGAAAUCAUGUAUCAGUUUGCCCUGUUGAUGUGAUGCCGUUGUCCAAAAGUUCACCCAAGGUUGUGAUGCCAGAGUGUCCAUUUCACCUCAGGUUUGCGGGACUCAAGUUCAUCUAUCAGUGUGGUACCAGGAUGUCAGUUUCACUUGAUCAGGUGGUGUAAAGUCCUGAAAUUCACUUACCAGUCUGGUGCCAGGGUUCCAAGAUCACCUAAAAUUGAACUGCCAGGGUCUCAGGUGUACCUGCAAACAGAAGUAUUUUCUCAAAUGCUUCUGCUGACAUGUUAUGAGACUCUCAAGUGCCUCUACUUAACGUGAUGUCAGGAAUGCCGGCCUUACUAUGAAGUCACUUUGUCCUGAAUGCUUCUGCAUUGUUAUGGUGCUAAGGUCCAAGUGCCUCCGGUGAUUCGGUUGUCGUCCACGUGUAGAGCGGAAGCUCGACACCCCUAUAUAACCCCUUCACCUAUUUUAGUUCAAACUGUCUUUCCUCGUUGCAGCCCCACUCAGGUUUCAGCAGCGCCACCUCGUGGUACUUUCUGUGUGUGUAUGUAUAGACGAAGUGACUUCAGAUGAGGACUCUGCGCACGCGUGUGCACUCUGACGAGAUAAAAACAUGAGUAAUAUGAAUUUAUACUGUAUAUAUACACACGUGUAUAUUAUCAACUGCAAUCUACAUUCUUGAAAAGAAUGACAACAAAGCCAUGAUCUAUUCAAAGAGGCAGCGAAAAUGCAACUUGUGCUUAUGGGCAGUAUCUUCGUUCACAAAUAUCGAGCUCUCUUCCUGCAGGUCAGUCACCACCGCCGCGCAGCCCACUGCCACUGAUCAUUGUCUUUUUUUAAUUGAUGAUUAUUAACAGCAAAAAAAAAAAAUCAAAUAUAUUUAA